CAUUACACCACACGUACAACAUGAAUUCAUGCGAUACAUACACUGAUACACCACUUCCAAACUCCCGUCAAUCACGAAACCCGCACCCACGCUUGUCCAAAACCCCCUCACAACGCAUGAUCUACUUCUCUCCGCAAAACGCACACCCAAAGCUCCAAUUUUUAGUUCCCAAUCGUUAGAUCCAUAACCCGGAACUCGGUUUUCUCUUUCUCAAACACUUCCCUUGGAAGAAUUUGGGGUUGAAUGCGGUGUUAGACGGGAGAUAUGGCGGGACAGGUGGUGAAACUGAAGAGAGAGACUCUAGAGGCAUGCAUGACAUGCCCUCUUUGUAAUAAGCUGUUGAGGGAAGCUACUAUGAUAUCUGUGUGUCUCCAUACGUUCUGCAGGAAGUGCAUAUAUGAGAAGCUUUCAGAUGAGGAGGCUGAUUGCUGUCCUGUAUGCAAUAUUGAUAUAGGGUGUCUUCCUGUAGAGAAGCUCAGGCCUGAUCAUAAUUUGCAAGACAUAAGAGCAAAAAUAUUUCCUCUCAAAAGAAGGAAGAUUAAGGCUCCUGAAAUUACACCUUCAGUUGCAGCGCCUGCAAAGAGGAAGGAAAGAUCACUGUCAUCACUGGUGGUCAGUGCUCCCAAAGUAUCCACCCAAACAGGCUUGACGGGAAGGAGAACAAAAGCUGGGGCGAGAAAGGCUGCGUCUUUACGAGGUUGUGGUUUUAUUCAUGAGUUACCCAUUAAGAAAGAAGAAAUUUUGGAAGAUCAUCCUAUGAGCUCAAGCUCGCCCGAGUCUCUAAACAAAACUGCUCAAAAUAAAUGCCAGGGUUCUGUUGUGGAGCGUUCUAAUGACGGCGAGGCUAAAGAAGAUACAGGGAAAGAUGUUGAAACAAUAGAAGGAAAAGUUGACCUGUGGACACCCCUAAACUGUCUCGUUGAAGCUGCUAACAGGACCAAGUCUUCUAAGUUAAAUUCACCAGUUUCCUUUUCUAAGUCAGGGACAUCCAAUGUCCCUGAUUAUGAAUUUUAUUCACCUGAGUCAAAAGCCAAAAAAGAGUCUCCUAGUGUUCGUGAUGGUGAAAUAUUUGUGCCUAAAUCCAAAAAUAAAGAUCGUGGAAAUAAUACCAAGGUUGAAGAUAUUAAGGGAGGGACAAUUUUGCUUCCAGGACCAGUGAAACGGAGACGAUUUCGUGCAGCAUCAAGGAAAAGGGCAGUUAUGUCUGAUGGGCAGUGCACCUCGGCACAAGCCAUGGUAGAUGCUUCAGUUUCCAAGUGCAACAGAAGAAACAGACCAAUUUGGUUCUCUUUGGUUGCUUUGGAAGACCAGAAAGGAGACGAGUCAUUGCCGCAGAUUCCCACUUGUUACUUGAGGAUUAGGGAUGGUAAAAUGACGGUCUCGUUCAUCCAAAAGUACCUUGCAAAGAAACUUUAUCUUCCAAGUGAGGCUGAGGUGGAGAUUUUAUGCCGAGGCCACCCCGUGCUUCCAACGCUGCAAUUACAUAACCUGGUGGAUAUAUGGUUUCGAACAGCACCGACAUCAAAGAAGGUACCAGCAUCCAUCGGCUCCUCGGCCAAGGACUUUGUAAUGGUCCUGUCAUACUGUCGAAAAGUUCGAGCCUCUUAAAACGAGCUUCCUUUUUCUUUUCUUUUUGUCGUGUUUUGUCGUUGAGCUUUCUGAUUGCGAAAUGUUUGGCACCGGAUUUUGAAGUUGAAUUUACUGAGGCCAUCUUAUCUGUUCUUCCCGUGCUUGGACAGUGAAUAUGAUAAUUUGUAUGAAUUCAUUUAGUUUAAUUAGUUUCGAUCGCUGAUUAUUCGUUUUCAAAGUGAACAAAACUGGUGUUUGUUCAUUGUAAUAGGGCGUUAUUGCAUGAUUUCCAAGAGGAAGAAAUUAAUAGACAACAAACUGACACUGUGAUGUCUUUUCCACACUUAGUAGUUAGCAUAUCGCACUUCUUUGUAAAACCAUGUUAAAAAUAUUCUCGUGGGUGGUUUUGUAGUU